AUGCGUUUCAACAAGCAGGAGUUAGUGACGCUUGCUUCUCAACCGAGCAACAAGUUUGAAAAGGAAGGGCCAUUGUUUGUGACAGAAAAACAGGAGGGUUUCUUCCGCAAGACCGAGGUCGAAACGAAGAGUCUCACCGAACAGGUCGGUCGUAGUCUGCUGAAGCGGCAAAAGUCGCUCAGUUGCAUCGGUGGUGCGAUUAAAGUCAGCAGCGAAAAGUGGUGUCGGUUACGCGGCAAUUUGUUGUUCUAUCUUAAGUCAAGCGAUCAAUUUUCCGAACCGCAAGGUUGCAUUGUGCUAGAAAAGUAUAAGUGCCUCAAGCAUGGCGACGACCAGCAGGAUGCAGAUGGUUUUGUUUUUUACUUAGAGUUCAAUGAUGGUCUACGGCAGCGGUUUGCGGCAAAUACUGAGCAGGAGCGCUUCGAGUGGAUGCAGGCGAUUGGUUUAGCCGGGUAUGAUAUCAAGCGAGCACAGCUCAAGUACUUGCGUGAGCAGAUUGACCGUAAACGCGGCAUGAUUCACGACGUCGACAUCGAUAUGCUACGCUUGCAAACUGGAAAAGAAACAGAUUUAAACGAGGUGCCAAUUUGCGAGUCAGUGAUCUCAUGUGAUAAUCUGCUGUGUGAUGGGAACGGAAAGCCCCCGAAUCCCUCCGUCGUGGUGCAGGUUACGUCAAGCAAUCGGGCGUCGGGGUGGAUCAAGUAUGGCCGCACAGAGGUGAUCGAACGUUCCUCCAACCCACAGUUUAUCUGCACAAUUGCAUUCCGAGCUUGCGACGGGUUGCAUGCCGAGUCGCAAAUUCGCUUUACAGCAUACGAUGUGCGCGAGAAGGUCACACAGACGGCGGUUCCCAUCGGUUGGGCCGAGAUAGCGCUGGGUGUGAUUGCGGACACGUCCCGCCUGCGCAUCCCGCUGCGUACGCAGGUGUGCGGAGAGAGUGCGGGCUUCAUCACGAUUGCGACUUGCGUGCCCGACACCGAGCGGCGAAAUAAUCCACGGUCACCGGUCAAGUCAGGUGUGGGACCAGGUAUCGACACGGGUGGCAUGGAGGUACACGGCCAUCGCCGGUCGCAGUCACUACCACCGAAGCUAGGCAUUAAACUGUUCAUCCCACCGCCAUCGAAGAUUGCCCUCGUAUUCACUAACCCGAGCAUGCAUACCUAUCGCCUGCACUCUGGACUGGGCGGGGACAUUAGCGUGUUGGAGGUGAUGCUCGAGAGUCAAUUGUGCUACCUGUUGCCGCAACAGUUGCUCUCGAUUUGGAUUGCUCGCGAAAAGGAACUGCUGCAGGAAAUAUCCGGCAUGGGCGAGCUGGGCUAUGAGUGGCGCCAGCGGCAAAUGGAAUUACUCGACAAACAUCUAAAGCUCCUCAAGGACUACUCGCAGGCGAAGCAAUAUCUGCACCAGCAGCAGCAGCAGCGUGGCAAAACCUUCAAACCGAGCUGCCGAAAGGCGGACGAAACGAUCGAAUUUGCGCCCGUCAACCUCCACCUGCAGCGGAUGUGGGCACAUAACGAUACGCUGAAGCGCGCUGGCAUCCUGGAUGUGAUUACUGUAGGUGCCUUUACGCGCCACUCCGGAAAGGCGAAGACCGGCGGGCUGAUUAAGCUGCUGCAGCAGAUCAAGGACUCGCCGACGAAGCAGCAGGCACAGCAGCAGCCAGGCGGAGAAGCGGGUAGCACGCACAAGGUCAACGCAGCCAACGAUGCAGUGCAAGCGAUCAAGCAGCUGCGCUCGGAGAUUGUGGCCAUCAUGUCGCAGCUGUUGCUACUGGCGCGAUCGAAAAACCCGAAAGGCAUGUUACCGCUGUGCGCUGAGAUGAUGGCAAAAACGCGUACCCUGUUAAACAUCUGGGAACCGAGCCUGGUGGAGGAGGCUUUCGCAUUUAUUGAACGGCACCGUAUCAUCGAUGAUACAACAACGGGAACAGCUGGUGGCGGGGAAGCAGCAGCAUUAGGUGAAUGGUCUGGGGCAAUGUCACCGUUUAAGAAAAUUACCCAACAGCUAGGUGCGCUUGAUCUGAAGUCUCCUGAGCUGGAAGAUUUUGCCACUCCUCUUGGCCCGGCGCCAGACCUUUGGCCACAGGUGCGCACGAGCAAAUGCGGAACGCUUGGGCCGCUGGCAAAAAGCAAAUCGCCCUCAUCGCAUGACAUAAGCACGAGCAUCGCGACCGUCCAGUGCACAUUCAAUCAACUUGCCUCCACCAACCAAGCAGACGACGAUGCGGCUUUGCUAGCUUCCACCAACGCGUACUCGCUUCCCGCUGCCUGCUACUUACCGACGGAUCAACCGGCUACAUCAAAAGUAGCAAAGCGGAUGUCGAACCCGGGGGAAAUGAGUACUGAGACGGGGGCAGAUCUCAAGUUCAAUGAGACCCACUUCGACGUGAAUGGCGACGUGACAGAAUCGAGCCCGGGUCCUUCCACUGCUACGCUGUCGACGGUCGGCGGAAGAAGUGAGCUACUUUCUAGCUUAUACGAUGAGCACGGCUAUCUAGUCGAAAACACUGCCAUCGUGCUUGGCCAUAAUGGUGCCUUCCUCGACACCAGAGUGAUGAGUUCAAGCCCUUCGGCUAACUACUAUCGGCCGACGGAGGAACCGGAACCUCUAGAUCUAACGCAACUCAACAUCGAAGCGAGCGUUAUGUGCUUGGUGUCCAAGGUGAAGUUCCUGUGUGGUCGAUGUGGCAGCCCUGCGGUUCGUUUACGCCAACCAAAAGGUGCGCUGGGUUCGGCGGUCGGAGGCGGUCGCAACAGUUUCGAUACGCUGCCGCCGGAUGUGGUCACCAAUCAACCAUUGUCGCUCCCUGCUGUAUCCGGUGAGCUCAACCUGGUUCCGACCCAGCCGGAAAGUAGUACAGCCAGUGCACAAGCAAUCGCUAUGAUCGCCGCCGGGAACAGUGCUGCUGCAACGAGCAAAAUUGCACUUUCCAGUAAGGAACUUAAUUUGGCGCUCACGCAAGCGGUCGGUGAGGUAACGCGCAAAGUAAAGAAAGGCAACAAGUUCACCGAUGGGCUGGACCUGUCCGCCACCACCGAUUGGGCGUUAGAGUUACGCCCAUCAAUGAAGAAGCUGCGCCAAGCGAUGGAUGGGUUGCUGAAGACGGCUCGGCUGAUGCACUCCGUACAGCGGCUGCAGCAGGAUAUGCGCAAAACGAGCGCCACCUUGUCGAUCAUGUACCGACGCGACGUAUGCUUUUCGCAAGCGCUUACAGCUCUGGUGUCUGGUCUGAUGGCCAAACUGUGGGGUCAGAAUGUGACGGAAAACUUUAUCAGCCUUCUGGUCCAGCUCGGACCGCUGGCGUGCUUCGAGGGGCUACUUUCGCUGUACGGCAACGAAACCGACAUGUGGGGCGAUAUGAGCGUCGCGGUUGAGGACCUGGCAACGGUGAGCUUCACGCUCGUCAGGAGCAAUUUGCACCGCGACACGAAAGCGGUCCCAGUUCCACGCGUGACCGGCUCCCGCCAGACGCUGCGUGUGCUGCUCCCAGUACCGGAGUCGGUCUUUUGUCACCUUCCGACAAAGGAAGCGGUAACGUUCCGCGUCACGCCAGUGUUUUUCAAUGUGGGCAUCAACGAGAAGGCCACCGUAGCGGAAACGCUCGGCUACACGCGGGAGCAGCACCGCUCAAAUUGGGACAAUUACGACCGGCUCAAGCGCUACCACGGACGCUACCGGCGCGUACCGUUCAACUUCGUCAACCCCGUCUGCUCUGCCAGCCAGGAUACGCCGACGAAGUUGUUGUACACGGCGCAGCAGAAGGAACUACUCGUGCCGGAGGCGACGGUCGUAAAGUUUCUGACCGAACUCGAGGCGGAACUGCGCUCGCAUGGCACGAAAAAUUAUCGCGUUCUGCAGUUAGCGGAGGACAUCACACGCGCGGUGCAGGGGUUGCGUUUUACCUCGUGCAAGAGCGCCAAGGACCGCACGUCAAUGGCCGUAACGCUCGAACAAUGUCGCGUGCUGCAGCAAGAGUUCCAUCUGUCAACGAGUAAUGUGCAGAACGUGCUCGACACGAUGCGCAGUGAGGGUACCAGAUCCGACAAUGCGAUGAAAAACAUUGGGAUACGGAAGUACGCGUUCAAUCUACCGCAAGUGCUGUCCCUGCCAGCUGUCUAUCGUCCUCCAGCCGGAGCCUACGGCAAGGCACAGUCCUAGUGCAAAGGUCUUCGUUCGUUUGAUAGUUUAUUAAAAAUACUUUUUCUUAUUUAUUCCUCACCUCUUAUGGCAAGUGCUCUACCGGCCUUAUUAUCUUUCAACAGUAUACCUCGUGUUACGUUUUUAUUGAAAAGCUCCAUCGCUCGGCUCAGUCAAGCAAGGGAACAACCCGGUGAAGCACGCCUGUAAUAAUUUAUGAUUCUUUAAUUCCGAUCUACUUAUCGUAAUCCUAAGGAGGCUAUUUAAGGUUCAGAACCAUAGUUUUGUUAACGUGUUAUAUUCUUUUAUUAUUCUUAAUAUUACUGUUUUUUUUUUAAAUAUGUGUGUUUCAAGUAAAAUAAGUCUCCCGUUGUUUCAUGAUGGUUGCGCCGCGGUGAUACCAUACUACGAAUCAGUUACUGUCGCUUCUUGGUAAUUGGUUGUGUAUUCCAGGAAAUCUUAUCCUCGUAAUCUAUAUCUAUACAAUUGAUCCUACUUACAGCGCAUUAGAAUCAUUAGGUUUACUAAGCAGGUCCCAUUUUAAAAUCUACGAAAAAGUACGUACACCUCAAAUAACACCAUCCCUCUAUUUAUUACUAAUCACCAAAAACGAAACCGUAGUGGUGACGGAACAUAAUCUCUUAUGUUCUUCGCUGCGAAACCCAUAUAUCGCGUCUUCAUGUCAUAUAUAAUAUUUGUUUGACAAACGUUAAUGCCCAGCUUCAGUGAUCGACUUUCGAUUUGCGAAUGGUUUGCUUGCAGCGUUUUUACCUAUUAAUCAAACCACAAACGCUAAUUUUACCAAGAUCGCACCGGGCCCGCGCCAGUCCCGCCCGUAAAAACACAACGUUACUGUAAGCAAGAGAGCAACUAUUAACAUUGUCUCUGUAUCUGCAGGCCAAGCCCGAUUGGGCGAUUGUAAUUGCCGGAUAAAAAAACGUUUGUCGUACUUACCAAAAUAACCUGCCGGCCAUCGUAAACUUGAUUUACCCAAUUCUCUUGAGCGGCAGCAUGCGUAUUUGCCAGUUCACAUUUACCAUUUAGCACUGCAACCCCCGUCUCACCUCUUGUAGUCGGUGAGACUACAGUGCUAGCAAUAGCGUACAUGGUUACGAUAAUUUCAGUUAAAUUUGCAUAAUCCAUACAGUCCCCAAACAAUCAGAAACAUUUCUAGCCGACGAGGCUCUAUUAUCGAAUAAGGUAACAAUGUUUCUAGAAGGAUCAUAUAUACAACAAUCAAAAACGUAUUAGAACAAAACCAAGAAAACAUUAACAUUUUCAAACAACGAUGUAAAUAAUCUCAACAUUAAUCGCAACGAUAUUAUUAUUAUUGUGCAUUGAUAACAUUAUUAUAAUGAGUACUUUAUCAAUGUUUUUGUUCUCUGCCAUCGUUUGUGUAGCGCGCGACUUCAACGCUCCAACAACAGUUUGUGCCAAAUGUUAGGUUGUUAAAGUCACUGGAACAACGUACUCAAAAAAGUAGUAUUGUUGUUACUUGCGACGUUAAGCGGGGACUGUUUCUGUUACCUUUUUGUUUCGUUUCGGCUCAUUCACACAGAGCAUCGGAUGGCGCCACGGAGUGAACAGCUAAGAAGUAAUCUAAGCGUUACACGGACGUUGAAUUUCCUGUUCCGCGUGUGCCGAUCGCAGACCCGCGCAGUGAUCAGACAGUGGUCAAGUCGAACGUGUUGCCACGCGUGGCGUAAUUGGAAUUUACAAUUGGAAUCGGCCUUUGGUUUUAGCAACAGCCUUUGCU